AUGUCAAGAUUAUUUAAUUAUAAUAAUUUAUAUAGAGCGUUGUUGAUUGUACCCACUGGUUUAUUGGUGGGUGCAUCAGUUGUACAAUAUAGGUCGGCUGAAGAGAAGAUUGAUCAGCUAAAGAAAAUCAACCAUCUAAUUGCAAUUGAAGAACAACAUCAACAGCAUCAUCUAACUGUGAUAGAGGAUGCCAAAACACGACAGAAUGAUAUAGAGAAGAUUGCAAAGCUUUUAGGUUACAUGCGUGAAGUACUACCUAAUAACAUGGACAUUGAACAAGCACAGCUACCGAAUCAACAGUUUGGAACAUCACUACCGGUCACAGAGAAACACUGGAUAUUGAUGAAGAAUGGCUUGCCAAGUAGUAGUAAUCUUUGGUUCUACGAUCAAUUCAUCGUAUCGCACGACCUCGAGAGAAAGAUACCUUCUUGGGUGAUUCAGCGUAUCGAUGGAUUCUCCACUUACAAUCCGUCAGACGCCGACAAACUCUCUGAUAGAAAAUCAUCUUAUUUCACUGGAAAUCAUCCGUUUGUCGAUGGCCUAAUGCGUGCUGACAACAAAGAUUAUCUUGGUAGUGGUUGGUCGCGUGGACAUUUGGUGCCGGCAUCGGACAUGGCGCGUUAUCCUCAGCAAUCGAUGAACCAGACAUUCCUGUUGAACUCAAACAUCGUACCACAGAACAUGCAGAACAACGGUAACUUUUGGUAUCGACUUGAGUGCUAUUGUAAAUCAACACUUCCAAAGCAAUUCGAUGGUGUCACUGUUGUAUCGGGUCCGUUGUUUAAGCCAAACUUGAUCGAACAAAUCGAAAUCGAUCCAAAUGCCAAACCCUCAAGAUUCCCAAAGAAAACUCAGAGGAAAUAUAUAAAACACGAAGUGAUUGGUGAGAACAAUGUUGCUGUGCCUACUCAUUUGUUCAAGGUGAUCAUGGUGGAGCGAAAGGAUAUGCCAGAGGUGAUGGUAGGUGCUUUCGUCAUACCGAAUGAACCGAUUGGCCCGGAUGCAGUUCUCACAGACUAUGAAGUGCCAGUGGAGACACUGGAGCGAGAGACAGGCUUGAAGUUCUUCACACGACUCCAACAGAAAACACUGAACCUCUGUGAAUAUACCGAUUGUAAAAUGAUGACUGAACGUGAUUUGGAUAUAUGGAACAUACCACGACGUAUUGGAUGGAGUAAAAACAAAAGAGAACUAGAUAGAGUAAUAGAGGACGCAAAAUCAAAGAAUAUAGAUAUAGAAACAACCAACAUAAUUAAAGCGUACAACGAUAAAAUAAAAGAAUUAGAUCAACAACAACAACAACAACAAACAAUUUCAUCACCAACAUCAACACCAUCUACACAAUCAUAG